AUGCCCGCGCAGAGGGUUGGAGUGCGGACCCGCACUCCAAUUUCAAUUGGAGUGCGGUCCCACACUCCCUUCAGAGAAGGGAGUGUUGGAGUGUGUGUGCGAAGGGGGGUGGAGUGUGAUUAUCACUCCCCUCGUGCGAGUUCCAGUCAUUUGAGCUCCCAGACCAUCAGACCGGGAACCCCUGAUUCUCGCGCAAGUUCCCAGGAGGCCAUUUGCAAGAGAAACCCGGAGCCACCUUUCAAAGCCAAAUCACCCUUCGAAGCCGCUCCAACACCAAGAUGCUUUGAGGAAAUCACAUUCCAUACGCUGCCCUCGCGUGAAUCCACCCCGGCUGACCUAGAGGAGACAAACCGAGGGACUCGCCAAUCUUGCUCAUCCUCAACUUCCCAGCAUUCGAGUGGCCAACAGUCUCCUCAUUCUCUUAGGAACGCCCCUACCCCUCCUGGUAAUCAUUCACCUUCUCAGGAUGAUCAUUCGGAACCGGUAGGCAAGGCUUCAUUGCCUACAGACCGCAACAAGUCUGAUGCACCUGAGGAGUCUUCAAUGCCGACUGGUCGUGAAGGAUCCGAGUCGGUAGUGUCAACCCAUCGUGAAGCAUCCGAGGAAUGGUCAAUUUCGAUUCAUUGUGACUCUGGAAUGGGGAGGUCAACCGGGGCGGGACCAGACUUGACUCAAGAGUUUUCCAAGGAUGAUCAAUCAGAAGGAGAACAAGAAGAACCAUACAAUCAAUCAGAUGUUUGCCAUAUUGGAUCACAACCCAACCCUGACUCGACCCAAGAUCUUGUUCCAGAUGAAUCACAACGGGAAAUGUCACGAAGUCAGAGCUCCUCUCACCAGCACAGAGAUCGAGGUCGCAAGCGCAAGUCAGAACCCCCCUCACAGUGGCCAGAUCCUUCGGAGCUCUCUUGGGCACAGAUUGAAGCGUAUUUAGAUCAUUACAAUCUAGUGCACAACGGGGGUACUCAGAUCGCACGGCUUGUUGGGAGCUACAACCUCCUACGUUCGACUUUAUCUAAGGAUGACGAACAACAACCAUCCAAACAGCCCAAUGCUAGAGCCUCGCCUGCCCCUCGUCUUCCAACUAUCAACCAUUGGUGGCGUCCACUGAUCAGUCAUCGCCUACAUCUAUCAGUGUUCAUUCUUCACGUUCAACCCGUUCGACCCAAAGAAAGUCCGGCUCUCCUAUCGAACAUGGCCGACAGAAAAGAGCCAAAAAUCCGAGCAAGACUAAAACCCAGAGAGGAACUAAAAAGACUAAAAAAAACUCGCAGGCGCGGUCGUCCAUCCUUAACCCGUAAUCAUGACGAAGGCGACUCCAUUAAUUUUGUCCCUGUUCUUCCUAAGAGUUCAAAGAAGAGGCCGCUGGCUGAUCCUCCCCCCAAAUCUGCCCGUGCAAAAAAAACUUGCCCUGGUCCGGACGAUCCUUCUCCCUCCGACCUGCAUACACGUCCUCAAGCCUCAACCUCUCGUCGAGGCAGACAGCAGACAUCUCGACGAAACAGCUACAAUGUGCACCCGUCCUUUCACGACAAUGAAGAGGAGGAGCCGUGGUUUGUGCCGCCACAUGAAAAUGACAGGUCAAACCCGGGUGCUCCGAAGAAGAGGAAACAGCAUGAAGCGGCUCAUGACUCAGAUGCACUUAGGCCUCCUGGACCGAAACAAACUUGGGCGGUUGCUGCUGAUCCAUCUGCUUCACUCAACUGGCAAAAAUCCAGGCCUGCUCGCGGCCGUCAAGGCUCAACUGAAAGACAAAGACAAAGCAGCUACAGUGUGCACCCAUCUUUGCACGAUGAGGACGAGCUUGCACGGCAUGAACCUCACGCCCCCUCGCGCAGCCGUAGAUUAAUCCCCCACAAGCUCACCCUUCAUCUCGUGCUCAGGGUCCGUCGCAGGUCUACGAUUCAGAUGCACAUUCGACUGCUGCUCCAAGGGCCAAAAGAAAGCAACCAGACCAUCUUUCUCCGAGCCCCGAACGUUCAAAUGGAAAACAACGAGGAGGCCCUCCGCUUAGCCUUAUCCCUACUAAUGCGCAAGUUCACCGGAGAAGACACAGAAAUAACCGAGUUCAACGCAACAGCCUGGUGA